AUGGCUUACCAAAACCGCCCCGCGUCUUCCUUCCAGCCGUGUGACUCUUAUUUUGUGGAAUCGUUUGAACCAGAGUAUCCCGGCCCCAGGCUAGGUCCAAAGGAGCAUGCAAAAUUGAUCGCUCGUGAACGUCAAUUUGCGAUUGCUGAUGAGUUGUCAAAGCAAGUUAGCGAUGAAUACCAAGAUGAUAUUUUAGCACACAUGCUCGCGAUGGAUUCCUCGACUUUGCCGGAUGUUGAUUCGAUCGAUAUCCAGACCGAGAUCCAAUGGUUCAUGCGUCCCUAUCUCCUCGACUUCCUCAUAGAAGCACAUACUGCCUUUCAACUCCUGCCGUCGACCCUAUUUCUUACUGUGAACUUGUUAGAUCGGUAUUGUUCUAAACGUGUUGUUUACAAAAAACAUUAUCAGUUAGUUGGCUGUGCAGCCUUGCUCAUUGCGGCAAAGUAUGGCGAUAAGAAGGAUCGUGUCCCAACAGUCAAGGAGCUCAAAACUAUGUGCUGUUCUCAAUAUGACGACGACAUGUUUGUUCAAAUGGAAUGGCAUGUUCUCCAAACUCUAGGUUGGGCAAUAGGCCAUCCCACUGUUGACAGCUUCCUGCAGCUUGCAGUCGCGGACACUCCCUAUGACCCAGAGGUGGAACAUCUUUCUCUUUACAUUUUGGAAAUAUCCCUAUUCCAUAGGGAUUUUGUUUCGAAACUGUCGUCGGAUCUCGCUCGGGCUUCGCUGGCUCUCGCUCGAUGCGUUCUGAACCGUUCUCAAUCCAGAAAUGUGGACUGGGCUUCUCAUUAUGAUUCUCUAACACUAGUGAACUUGUCUCAGCACUUAGUCCAGCCAUCGCAGGUUCUGUAUAGGAAAUAUUUGUCUGCACGUUAUUCACGUGUAUCGAGACUUCUGGAGCAAUUCCUUGCACACCAAGCCUCGAUACCUAAGGCCUACACUCCACCAACCCCCGCGGCGGAUACUCCUUCUGAACAGCUUAAACCGUACAAUGGAGAGAUUGGGCUUGCUACACCUCAAAAGCCCCAGUAUCCGUCGACAAUGCCCAAUGGAUACUUGACGCCGCCUAUCACUCCGGAAAACGAGGCCUUCGCUGGCGCCGGAAAUUCCAACAUUCCAAAAUCAGUCCCGGGUGUUACCCCAACGCCGCCCUCCAGUGCCCAAUUCCCACAAGCUUAUCAUCGCCGUCCAGAUGAGAAUGCCUACAGCCAACAUGAGCACUUUGUUCAGCAGCCAUCAGCAGGGUACAAUGGAGUGUUUUGA